CAUACAGCUGAAACGAUGCUCAAAAUCAACAACCUUUUAUCGGAGUGGAGGAAGCACCUCUGUCAGUCAAAGGGUGUCAGUUGCUCGUCAGGUCCCCAAGGACCUCCCGGUCUACCUGGACCACGAGGACACAAAGGAGCCCGGGGACGAAGAGGACAGAAAGGAAGGACUGGAAACAAGGGUGAUCAAGGUAUUAUGGGAUCGCCAGGAAAGAGCGGCAAGCAAGGUAUUAUGGGACCUGUAGGACUACAGGGAGAGACUGGAAACAAAGGCGAGAAAGGAGACAUAGGACCCACUGGCAUGCCGGGAACUAAAGGCGAACCCGGUGAAUCGAUAUCAUCUCCUGCUGUUGUUGUUUCUCCUGUGACGUUGACAGUAAACGAAGGUGGAACAGCCUCGUUUCAGUGUUUAGCCAGCGGUAAUCCGGAGCCGGCAGUAACGUGGAGUAAACUGGACAGCCAGUCACAAAUCACUCAGUCAGCGGUUUCAGGAGGAAACCUGGAGUUAAAGAAGGUGACCGGAAGUGACGCAGGCGUGUAUCAGUGUUCAGCAAAAAACAUCCUGGGGAAUUCACAAGAAGUGGUGCGGUUAGCAGUAAAUGUUCUUCCCCGUGUUUCUCUUCAUCCGGGACCUUCGUACGUCACCGAAGGAAGUAAUGUCACUCUACCAACCUGUCACGUGACCGGAUACCCGGCACCAGUGGUGACUUGGAGGAAGUCGAUUGGCCAGUUACCCCCGGGGAGGGCGCACUAUAACAACAAGGUCUUACAAAUUUACGAUGUCCGUAAAAGUGACUCUGAAACCUAUCUUUGUUCAGCAGUCAACCUUUUAGGAAAUGUUAAAAGGAAAACUCAACUAGUUGUGAUUUCCCUUCCUGUGUUUACCGUUAAGCCACCAGGAAAGGUGUUUGCUGUUACUGGCGACACUUUGACGUUAAACUGUAGCACUACUGGUGACCCACGACCAGUCAUCAGCUGGAAAAGACAAGGAGCAGCACUGCCCGUAGGGAGGAGUCAAAGGACAGACGAAAAGCUCAUUAUAAGAGAUUUCAGAGAAGGGGAUGCUGGGAACUAUAUUUGUGUGGCUACAAGCGCACGAGUGUUUCAUGCCGAGACAAUAAGUAACGUUGAAGUUGUUAAGGGAAGAGGUUCCGAUUGUUCGGACCUGCUAAAAUCUGGCCAUAUUCAAAGUGGAUUGUACUCUGUCAACCCAGACGGCAGAGGACUCUUUACUGUCUACUGUGACAUGCGCACUGACGGUGGAGGCUGG